CAUAACAUCGUCAGGUCGCAUAUUUUUAUAAAUACCCGUGGUUACUCUGCGAAUCUGACAUCGAAACGGUGAUGUGCACGCAGAGAUUGCUAUUCGUGAGCUUCUUAGCUCUGUUCGCGUCUCCAACGGAUAGUGAAUCCACAUUGGCGUCCACCAUUAAUCAAGUUAUCAAACCCGAGAGUACCGUUAGUAAUGCACAACACGAGGACCUAACUCAGUCCUCGCGUCGGAACAGGUCGAAUCCUCGAGUCAACAACUCACUAAGAAAGGAGAAUGUUAGCGACGCACAAUCUGUAAAGAAUGAUACAACUUCUUUAACUCUACAGCGCGAAAUCUUAGCUCUUAUGGGCUUGCCGCAUCGUCCUCGCCUCAGUCUUAACACCCGUCUUCAUGGCCGCAAAAUGUCUGCCCCGCUCUAUAUGAUGGACUUGUACAACAGCUUGGAAAUGAAUGCCAGUGAUUCGAACGGAAAUAUUUGCUGCAACAGCUCGGUCAUGGAUUCACGGGCGGUUGGUGCGGACACCAUCAUGAGCUACGUUAACCAUGGUAAGGUUAUCUUCCAUGAAAAUAUUAACGUCAAAAUUGGUACUGUUUUUUAACUAACGUCUGAGGGUUUUAUUGAUUACAAUCGGUAGAUAACAGUACUGUAAUUGCAUAAUCGCGUAUGAGAAAUGAUAGCUUUAUUUGAAUAGAGCUUUUAGAGUAAGUAUUUGUAGAAGACCCACAAGUUUGCAUAUGGGUACCAACCAAUGACAUGUUACGCGCUAGUGUACGCGAAAGAAACCAACAAGUGUUCGGUUCGAAAUCGACCACGGUAUGUAGAGAGUGGAUAAUUAUGAACUGAAAUGUACAAGUUAAUCCGUAACAGGCCAAGAAAAUUUAUUGCCAUGACGCAGUUCACGGCAACAUUGUUACCGCAGAAAGGGAGAAAAGGAACAUUAACAAUAUCGCCACAUUCUGUACUGCUUAUUAUCCGUGCUGUAAAAAAUGACAAAUGUUUUUGAUUUUCUGCGCCUCCUUAGAAAAUUUGUGGUCCUAUUGUCUAAAGCGGAAACCUUGUCUGUAUUGUUAAGAGAUAUUUAAUUAGCACUUCUUGAAGAUACUUCAGGAAUUAUCGCAGUUUUUGUCGGGCGCUUUUUGUAUGUUUAAAAGUAAUACACUUGGCCGAAUAAAACUUCUAUAAAAGUGAAGUAAUAUCACACUUCUCUUUUGAUAUGUGAAUCGCACAUCAGAGAGCAUUAAAAACUAAGCCUGCGAUGAACGGAGCCCAUUUUUUAAAUACAGACUUGAAAAGAUGAAGGAAGAUUUUAAAGAAAGCAGUUUGACGGGGUUAAUAGUUUAAUCAGUUUACUCGAUAGAAAAAAUGUAAUAAGCAACUUAAAUAAAUCUUUCCAUCUAGCCAAAAAAUAAGCUAUUUAUAACGACUUGACGUAGCUUUCUGCUAAGAAAAUUGAUGUUGGCGUGUAAAAUGUACCCAAAAUUAGCACAAGGCGUGCAUCUUUUAAAUUAGAGUGCUUUUAUCAGUUUCACCAAUAGCCUCCCUUUGGAAUCCUAAGUUAUUAAUCAUUACAUGUACUAAACAUCACGUCUGUAAAUGUGGCCCCUUGCAUUGCUCACGAGCCUACUCAGCUACUGAAUAUGUUUUCGCAGUUCCGAUUUCUUAUUUUGUCACCACACCGGAUAAUUCGAAAUGUCCUGUACUCAACUAAAAUUUUUGGCACAGAUCGACUUUUAAAAUCUCAACGGUAUCUUUACCUAUCUGAUAUUGCGGCAAUUGACACAGACAAAAUUAGUCAUCAUUGCUCGCCAGAAAGAAGCCUUGUAAUAACGACGUUAUUUUCUUUCUGUAAUGUUUAAGUUCUGUGCAUUUACAAAUAAGCCGAAAACAUACAAUCUUUUUUUAAAAGUCUGGUCACGUAUUAUUAUAAUCAGUUGUUUUGUGGGAUGAAAAUCUUUGACCGCAAAGAGGAGUCUGAAAAGUCAAUCAAUAUUUCGCCAUUUUAAAACGUAGCUUUUAACUUUAUCGAAUUCUAAAGUGGAUCUUUUUGGAGUCUAUUGAUGAAUGACAUUUUCCAGUGGCAUUACUGAAUUGAAAGUUGCUGUAUUGAACGGUACUUUCAGGUAACUCGCUGUUUUAUACUGCUAAAUAAUGUGAAGAAUUUCUACAACUUCACCUUAGUCUCCCUCAAUUCAGAGACGCCUUAGCGCUCACGGCAAUUCCUACUUCGAUGCCUUAGCACUAUUUUCAGUUUAUGCAGUUUCUGGUAAACUGUAUUUACCGCUCGAUUUUUUAUUUAUUUACAAUUUGACAACCGUCAUCAGUUCGAGAUGUAUUUAGGCAAAAUUUCGUGACUAGACAAGGGCGAAUUGAUGCAGACAGACUUAAAUGGCCUGAAAAAUGAUGAGUAUGCGAAACAAGGCCUAAUCUUAGAAAGGCACUUAUCGACACUCCACGACCACUUAAAAAUACACCGAUCGAUCCGACAAAAUGACGAAUUUCUGUGACAUAUGUCAGUGUUUUAUGGUCAAUGGCACCUUGAAAUAUGCAAACUAAUUGGAUAAAAAAGAUUCUUCUUGGCAAAACAGAAUAGGUCGGUGGGAUAAGGAUCUUUUUAACAAGGAUCGAUGCAAGCGGAUUAAAGUGCAGUUAAUCUUUUUUGUCCGAAUCAGAGGUGGUCCCAAUAGAAUAUAAAAAAAUGAUGUUCUUGAUGAAACGUCGAGUGUCUGAUAGUUUAUGCUUUACGUUCGUCGCUUUUACUUGAAAUAUUAAGUGUCGAUACACGUAGCUUUGCAUCUAAUGGAGGACACUUAGACUAAAUUAGAACGCCGGUAACUCGAACUCUGAAGGGAAACGGAAAAUAGUUCGAGUUAGCUGGGCUUUCGAGUUAUCGGGGUAAAUUCAGUGAAAUUUUGUUCAAGGGAAAGGAAAUUUAGUUCGAGUUAGGGGAAUUCGAGUAUAUAAUUUCUUAAUAUACCUAAUAAGAAACUGUAAAAGUAUCUUCCUAGCACUUUAAUUAUUGAAAACUUAUUUUGGUACACAUUUCUGUUAUCAAAAGUUGAUUAUCACUAUGCUUGAGUCAUUUCACCAGUCCGAAUGGGUCAACUUUCACCUUCUUAGAUUUCUGGGUAGCUUGGAUCAAAUGAAACUUGUCUUGGUGUGGUUUCGAUAAACAAAUCGGGAUUUAGAUUUUACUGAAAUCCUUCUCGGAUUCCUAAGGACGGAUUUCGAGCAUCAAAAUCGCUCAUAAGGAUUUUGACGUACAAAUCCGUAUAGUUAUGUAAUCUGUUUUGUGCUUCUGUGCUGUUAAGGAAAAUCCUAAAAUCCAGAUUUAAAAGUCCAAAUCAGGAUUUCUCUAUCGAACGGACCAUUAACAAAACAAGUCUGUUGACAAAAUCCUAUUGUUUGACGAUUGAAGUAGUCCGUUUCCUCUGGUGGCGGUUAUUGAGCUGUAUAAGGCUGGGCCUAACUUUUGUGCUUGUUGAUCAAAUCCUUUGAUGUGACAAGCUACUAAUAAGUAUUGCUUUCCCGAAGAACUUUUUAUUUUGUUGUAAUGGUGGUUUAAAAUUUCGAGUCUGUGAAUAAAAUCCUUCAAAAAUGGACCCACCAUACUAGAAUUAUGUGGUACUCAAUUAAGCUGUGCAAGGUGGUUCUAAGAAGUCUGUGGAUGCGAUUCUACUGAAGUCUGUAAAGUGUAACCAUUCUAUCGAAACCUUUUUGAACGUUUGAGCGUUACUAUCCUUCUGUGUUACCGCGUAAACGUUUGCUGUGACUUUUCAGUCUGUUGACGACAUUCUUUAGUGUGAUCAUGCAAAUCGAAAUUAUACUUUUUGGCGAAUUGGUGUAUCAAGAGUGUAAGGAGAGACGAUCACAUGCCCCUGAAGGCGAAAAAAGGGAUCAGACAGGACACCCCAAAGAUAUUUUUAGAUAAAAUUAAGACGCUAAAAUUAUAACGGUACUUUUGAAAUAUGCGAAAGGCGGCUUUUGACUUUUAGCCGGUCUGUUCAGCUGGAAAAGCCGAUUUGACGAUGAUUUGUUUUAUCAAAGAAUAGUUAUUGUUUCAUCGCAAAUUAUUUCAGUGAAAUUCGUCAAAUCUUUAAGUCGAAAUCCCCUAGUUCUUUUUGAUAAGAAUGUUUACUAAAAUAUCGCAUUUUCUCUGACUACUCUUUUACCGUCAGUUUAAGCACAACUGCAGUAUUAAAUUGGUUGGUAAUGAAAAAAGAAAUAUUGAAAAAAGGGACAAUUUAUACAGGAAAGAAUAAAUUAAUAACAUUUUUUCAAAUCGCUCUAAAAGAGACGUUGUUUAGAAAGAAUGUAUGGGAAACCGUGUAAACGAAGAUAAAAAUCACAUUUUGGCCGAGAUGAAAUAAAUACUGGCUGUGAUUUGCGGAAGGAAAACAUUAGCUUCGGAACAUUCAGCGGAUAAUUAAAAGUUAAUUUGGACUUCCGUGCUGUUUUAGUUGUUCCGUACAAAGUUCUAACCGGCUUUGAGUCUGUGGAAGAAAAUCCGGCCAAGGGCCGUUAUCAUUCAAUUAAGACCUUAUGAGCAGUUUUUUUCCCGUGGUAUUGAGUAUCGAUCAGUAGAGGGCCACUAGUUAUUCAGUUGAAGUACUGUCCCGUGUUACCCUCGUUAAAUAAAGUUGAUUAUUAUUAUUAUUAUUAUUAUUAUUAUUAUUAGAUGGAAUUAUGAAGUGUGCAUAAGCCAUUUAAAUGAACACUGUUAAACUUUGCUUCUGGUACUGUUAGUUUUUAAUACCUUCGUUGCCAUCCUAGCCUGCGAAAACAUCCGUUUCUCCGAAACGUCCCCAGCGACGAAGAGCGAGGAGAAACGGAUGUUUUCGCAGGCUAUUGCCAUCCUUAAAAAUCUAACUAACAUGAUUAAAUUACUCUCACUCAACAUUUCUAAACGUCUUGGAAAAGAUUUCUGUUAUCUAUUUUUGCCGUGCCUUCUUACAAUAAUCACUUUUCUCUGCGUAAUUGCUGAUUUAUAAUCGCUUCUAAUACUUUCAUCCUGUCAUAUUUCAAAACUAAUGCCACACUAAAACGGAAGGCAAAUUGUAAACUUGUCCGUGAUUUAUAAAGUACGUUAUUGAGUUUGAUAAGAAUUUUGAUAAGGAGUAUUUUGAGGAGGUACUAGAAUUUUUGAUAACGAUGUCGCCGUUAUCAGAUACUUGCUAUCAGUAUCUUAAAUGCUGCUUGUAUCUUUUAUGCCCUUUAAUGGCGUGCUUUGAUUUUGAGACGGUGAUAGUUUUUUCAUCUGGACAUCACGGAUUUCGUGUUAAUGUCUGAGUUAUCAUGAUAUGGACGCCAGUGUUCUGAGGACAACAAAAUUUGCAAGGCUGUCGCAGUGUAACAAGGAAAGCUGUGAAAUGUAGUGAAUGGGGACUCGAGGAAACGCUUAUUCAGUGAUUGACUCUCAAACCUGAUAGCGUCGAGUAGCGGCCAAAUAAAAAAAAAGGCCAAACAAAUGUAACCAUAUUUUUUUGUAAAAUUCUAAUAAAUAAAUGGUACAAUGCCAAAGGUUUCAUUUGAUUGUUAAGUCACAGAAUUUCGUUCAGCCUGCAGAUUACAGGCUUAAGUUUUUGCCGUGUGCGCGAGUGUUUUCGGUUCCCGUCAGUAAUAACGACCUGUCUAAUAACCGCCAUGUUAAAACGGCCAUAUUGAAUUAAUUAAAAAAAGGAAUCAAAGGGAAACGCCUACCCCAAGGGUUGUAAUUUCCACUCUCCCCAAUCUUCCCCAGGAAUAAAAUUAAAGAUGACUGCCACGGUAUUACGAACUGACUAAUAUAAGAUCCUAUUGGCCUAAAACCCGUUUUCACAACGUAGUAUUGUUUUAUCGCUUUAGUUUCUUUUUUACUGUAGAUAUAGUGCAAAAGGGAUGAGGGCUACGUUGUGUAAACUUCAUAACGUGUCGUAGGGUUUUUAGACCGAUUACGAACAUUCACCCGCCCAAAAAAUACGUCUGUAGAUUUCGUCCACAUGUGUAAACAGUUAGUUAGAAAAUCCAUGUCAUCUCAGCAUAACUCAGUCUAAGGGUGAAAGAGUUAGUUAAUUUCUUAUUUUCUGAUGAGAUCACUUUGAAACCCAACAAACUAGUCCAGUUGUCACUUAUUAGCGGAAACAGAAAUUUUUAUUGGAUGCAAACUUCAGUCGUGCACCUGUUUGAGGCGUUCAGAUAGUGGAGACUUUUGAGAAAGAAGAGUGAUUAGAGAGUAGCGUGUUUCUUUUGCGAUAUAUAUGUGUAUGGGUAAAGGUAUUUAGUAUUGACUUAAGUUAGAACUGACCUCGUGACAUAGUUACUUUAACCUUUUCACUGCCAGAGAGGAGAUGGAGUUUUGUAAGGUGACUCUAACUUUUGAGUCUGCGGGCGAAAUCCUAUGAUGUGACCAUUCAAAUGAAAGCUCUAUGCCUGUACUUGCGCUUGGUGUCAUCUGUUUUUCAGAAUUUCAUAAAAUGAAAUUUGGACAUUUGGUCAAAUUUGCUUUUUCCUAAAUUUGGCAGUGAAAGGAUUAAGCUAAAUGAUCUCGUCUUUAGAAGCAUUUACCCAUUUUUUGUAUCAAAAUUACUCACAUGUAUAUUUGUCUUUUUUUGGUAGUUCGCGGUGCGCGGCCCAAGCUUUCCAGACUACACGCUACCUUUCGUUUCAAGAUAGAAACACCGCAAGGAGAGAACAUGACUGCCGCAGAAUUUCGUAUUUAUAAGGAGCAGAAGUUCAACAAGCUAAGGAUCCCAAUUUUAAACGUCACGUACCGCGUCGAAUUACAUCAGGUUUGAUUCAGUUUACCUUAAUUAAUAACGUUAUACGCCGUGACGGCUCCGCUCCAAGGUCCAACAUCUUACCCUUUAAUAUGCUAUUUUUGACCGAAAAGGUACCUCUUUCCUAUACCUUCUAUUGACAAAUGGUAACCUUGUCACUUACCUAGUUAAAAGCUUGCAUCCCUUUCAACUGCUGUAAAUGCACUGUCUUAAACCCUUUAGCUCCCAAAAGUGUCCAACAUUAAUUUUCUCCUAACAACAUCAGCUGAUCAACAAGUGUAAGGUUAUGAGAAUUACUAAAUUGAUUACCAAAGGGAGAAUGCUUUGAUCUUAAACCAAAUUCUCUCAACUAUUCAUAAAAGAAAUGUAUGGAGAUCGGUCUGGAGAAUUUGUAUUUGGAUCUUGGGGCUUAAAGGGUUAAAAUAUGUUCCAGUCAUAAAAUGCAUCUCUUAGUCCUUUUGGGCCUUUUACAGAGGGAAAUGACAGAUUUUCCUACCCUUUCAUAUACUUCAACAAGUGAAAUCCCUACCCUUUCAUAUACCUCAAGCCUGGAAAAGAUACCCCUUUCGGGCGGAGCCUCCCUGUAUGGGCCAUUGUAGCCGGAAGCGUCCCCCGGGUGUGUAACGAAAUUUAUCAAAAUUUAAACAGUGAGAACUGCACCCAAUCUGGAGUGAAACAUAAAACUAACCCCUCAAAACAUUUAAAAGACGUUAUAAAUAACACAGCGAAUUCACAAAAGGAGAAACGGAUAGACAAACUUGAAGAACAUUGAAACGGAUUGUAAAUAUAAACAACGACUUUGCACGUGCAUCGCUCUUUUGUACCUUUCCUUGCCUUCGCUGCACGACUACAAUUUCACGUUGUGUCGAGGACAUGAACACAAGACAAAGACUUUGAAUUUUGAUACAGUCUUCAAGAAUUCAACUCCAGAAAAAUUUGCCAACAUUUGGCAAAUUGAACGAGUUGGAAUAAGUGGGAUAAAGUUUGAAGUAGCGCGAAUUGACUUUUUAAGUGACGUUUUCGUAGUCUUCGUCCGGCGUCGUUGUUGCUUAAGGUGAUGUUACAUGGAACAAUUCGUAACGAUGAUUUUUAACGCAACAUAGCGUUGCAAUGCCGGAACAAUGUUGUAACCAUUCGAAACAAUGUCGUAACAAUGUUGCAACGCUGUGUUGCGCUUCAGUUAAAUCGUCGUUGCGAAUCGUCUCGUGUGACAUCACCUUUUAGCUCUCUAUUUACAAAAUGAACCAGACAACCAUGACAAAGCCCCGUAAAACCCAGAACGGUCUCUCUAAUAUCAAUUAAUUAAUUCUCAUUUGUUGCCCUCAUGCUUUUCCUCUCUUGAUUUUCCUAUAGAAACAGUUGGGAGAACAUGCCUAAGUAUCAGACUCUAAUUUAGUGUAGCAGGUAGCCGAACCGACAUUUCGCGACGCCACCACUGGCUGGUUUCCCCUUUAACUCUUUAAGCCUUAAUAUCCAGAUACAAAUUCUCAAAACUGAUCUCCAUACAUUUCCUUCAAGAAUUAGUCGAGAGAAUUUGUUAGAAGAUCAAAGCAUUGUCUCUUUAGUGAUCAUUUUAUAAAUUCUCAUUGUCUUAUCUCUUGGCAAGGUAUCAAUAUUGUUGGGAGAAAAUUUAUGUUGGUCACCAUUGGGACUUAAAAGGUUAAGUGACGUCUGAGAAACAAGCAUAGAAAUUCCAUACUGAUGAAGCAGCACUACUCAGAUCUGGAUAGUGCUUCUGAUUGGUUGACUGAAGAAAAUUUACCACGCGGCACGCCCAAUCAGAAGCACUACCCAGAUCUGGGUAGUGACGCGUCAUCAGUAUCGAAUUUCUACGUUUGUUUCUCAGGCGUCAUUUUGUGGGGAAAACAGUGGUGGUGUCGCGAAAUGUCAGUUGUUUUCUCAGGCUAUGAAGCAGGUAAAGAAGGCCAUUAUAACACUGUCUUUUUUGCAAUGAAGGUUCGGCAGCCGGGAAAAGAUCUACAGCGGCUGGGCGUCCUUGUUGUACGUCACUGGGAAAAGGGCUGGCAAGCAUUUGACGUCACAACUGCUGGACUUGAAUGGGCGAAAGAACCCUCUAAGAACUUUGGGAUAGAACUUUCGGUGCGUACUAUGGCUGGAGUAGAAGUGAACCCAUUUGACAUCGGUUUUGUCGGUUUUCACGGCCCGCAAGAAAAGCGUCCAUUUUUAGUGUCGUUUUACCGUGGUGACACAUAUCGGCGGUUUUUCCCCAAUCAUCCUUUUUCCCCACAUUCUCCGAGGCGUCGACGCUCUGCUCGAUCGCUUGGGCCUCAGUUAGCCAACGUGGGAAGUAGCUCCAAGAGUGGUAACCACAAAAGCUGUAGUCGAAGGAUGCUCUACGUAAGUUUCCAGCGAUUAGGCUGGCAGGAUUGGAUCAUAGCCCCGGAGGGGUAUUCUGCGUUUUUCUGUCAUGGCGAGUGUUCCUUUCCUCUCAGCGCACAUAUGAACGCGACAAAUCACGCCAUUGUACAAACGCUGGUACAUCUAAUGACCCCGAGUGUCGUACCUCAGCCUUGCUGUUCUCCGACCAAACUCACGGCUAUCUCAGUUCUUUACUUCGACGACGACAACAACGUUGUUCUCAAAAAGUACACGAAUAUGGUGGUGAAGGCCUGUGGUUGCCAUUAGUGACCCCAGUGACCUUGAGAAAAGUCAGUUACCAGAAGUCUCCACUACUUUUUCGAGUGUAAAAAACCGAGCGACUAAAGAGAGACGCGCGCAGUUAACACAAACAUAAAGCGAAGUGUUUUGACGCUGUAUAAUUAUCGAUUUUCAAGGAUGUAUAUCUCAGAUGCCAUAUCACAUACUGCAUUGCAAACUGAAUUUGCAAACCAAGACUUUGCCUUAAAAGAUAGAAAAGGAAGCCUAGAAGGUAGGCCGGCCAGUUAUACGGACAGAUCAGGGAUGUAGUUGAUAAACUGUUUGAGAAUAGUGCGCGAACCUUUCCUCGCGGAGCUUUCAGCAUAUGGUCUAUGUAAAACGGUCUUUUCUUCUUAGUUUUGCAGACUAGUUCAGGAAAAAAGUGAUAGUUCAUAGUUAAAGUCAUAAAUUAUAUAUGUAAAAUAUUAGAAAAAAUACCAAAAGCAGUUUUGUAAAAUUCUGUCGAAAGAGGAAAACAAAACUGCUUCUCUGAGAAGUAAAGCCCGUGUACAGCCGCCUUCUCCCCUCCCGAAAAAAUCGGGGAGAAAGAGUUUUUUUUUUCGAGGGAAGUAUGAGAAGUAUGGUAUUUUAUCAAAUAAUUGUUGCAGUAGUAAUAAAGCCUUAAGAAAUUCUCCGUGAUAAGUCUGGGUAUUAAAUGCAAAGAGUUUCAUACAGCUGUCAAAAACUGUCGAGGGAGGUUACGCUACCACGAAGGAGAGGGUAGCGAAAAAGUUACUUUGGAACUCGUCGUCUGUUUGCGCUGUUUCAAACUCCAUCGUCUGGAACCAACGGGCGCGAACAGACUGUAGGUUCAAACACCCACGAGACAUUUGUUAAAAUAAACGCUGGGCAUUAAAAAAUACAAAAUAUAUUGGUUAAAAAUACUUGAAUAUUCAUUGUAUUUGCAUUGAAUGCUGUGAAGGAAGCUUCAUACGGCAUAGCCUUCAUUGGAAUCAUCGCACUUAGAAUUUAGGGUUUUUUCCACAGAUAAAAUAAGUGAGAACCACCUUGUACAGUAUUGUUGACGGUACCACCGAAGAGUACUGCCAAGUAGCUUUCAUUUGAAUGGUUGUACUUAAGGAUUUCAUCCGCAGACUCAAAAGUUAAAACACUUCGUAAAAGCAUAAUAAAUAGAAACACAGGAAAGUACUGCUCAUUUAAAUGGUCACGCUUCAGGAUUUCUUUCAAAGGAUGACAAAUAUUCAAAAGGUCUAGAUAGCUGCAACAAUAUAGAUAGCCGCAUAAACAUAACAACUUUCUUUAAUUUACCAGACAUGUUUCGACGGUACAUCCGUUAUCCUCAGUGUUACAGACAGUAGUCAAGGGAGAGAAAACACAACCUCACUCAGGAGUGGAGCCCCAGGAAACACCUAAGUUCUCUUUUAAAAUCCCUUCAGUUGGGCAUUUCUCAGUCACGGCACGGAGAAGUAAUCGCUAACUUGCAAAUCGAUUAUUUAAGCCUGUUGAUAUAAGGCUUGUCUUUACUACUUUCAAAAUCAAGAAUCUUUUUAAUAAUCUGAAAGAUGCUGUCCCUGGGGGCUUCGCACCCGUGUGGUUUAUAAAUUUUCGUGUGCAAGUUAUAAUUCUUGUUAUGUUGGUGAAACCAGCCGACAUAUCUCCACACGAGUGCGUGAGCACUUACUUUCCACAGGUCUUCGAUUGCUUUUAGACAACUGCAGAGUUCAGAGUCUUGCUGAACAUCCUGCACACUGGACUCUGCAGCUACUAAAUACCAAGUGAAGCUAAAAGAAUCUAUGCAUGCUCACAAAGUGGGAGAAACCUGACCUCAACCAGCAGGUGAAACACAUGAACCUGACUCUCUCCCUGUAAGUAGCUGAGCGUCACUAAUUUUAAACUUUUCAGUACGCAAUUUUGCCAACGCAAUGUAACGAACUUUGUAACAUCGCGCGCGAUUUAAAUUCAACGGCGAUUUCAAAAAAUGUAACACUGAAGAUGACGGAUGUACCGUCGAAACAUGUCUGGUAAAUUAAAGAAAGUUGUUAUGUUUAUGACAAAUAUUAUAACCAUCGUUUACAGCACAGAAAUAUGUUUUUAAGGCCUUGUACAUUCCUAUUUUUUUCUUUUUCAACUUUUUACAACCAUUCUAGAUUUUUGAAUGUAUUGCUAGAAAAACACUCUUUCACGUGUUUUUUAGUAGCUUCCCUUGUGAUUACUUUUGAAAACGAAUGUUCAAUGCAAAAGUUGGAAACCUUUUGCAACUAAUUUCAAACCCUUUUCGUUGUGGUGAAAAGGUUUGUUACAUAGUUGCAAAUUGUUUUAGUGUGCUAGAACAUGAUAAAAGCUUCGCCUGAAGAAACGCACUGUUUGAUAUAGAGAAUGCACUUUUACAUGAUCUUAGAAGACUUCUUAGUGUUGUAUUUGUGGCCGGAGUGUAUCCAUAUUUUUUAAUCUAUCUGGACAAAUAUGAUAUGAUAACUUUGUUUUAUUAAAAAAGAUGUGUUUAUAU